UGGUUUGCUUAAUAUAAGGAAUUUGAAAUUAUUUAUAAUUUUACUUUUACUACUGAUACUUAAGUACAUUUUAGCAAUUACAUUUACUUUUGAUACUUAAGUAUAUUUAAAACCAAAUACUUUUAGACUUUGACUCAAGUUGUAUUUUACUGGGUGACUAUUACUUUUACUUGAGUCAUUUUCAAUUAAGGUAUCUUUACUUUUACUCAAGUAUGACAAUUGGGUACUUUUUCCACCACUGUCAGUAGGUAACCCUCUAUAUGAAAUAGCCAUGGGGUUGGCUUGAAAUGGAAUAGAAACAAGAUUGCUUAGAACUGUGCCAUUUGAUCUUAGCCUCGAAAGAGGAUGUGGACUAAUACAACACUCAGUGAGGGUUUCCUGUUUCGGGCAAGGAUUGAUAUCCCAUCACUUUUUAACUACUUUUUUAAUGUUAGCACUCAGCAUCCAAGCUCCUCUCCUGUUUGGGUGCAGGCCGUCCCUUUUUAGGAACUGCGGUUGCUCCCAAAACAGAUAGAAAUUGUCAAUAGAAUUCAACACUUUUCAGAGAAGAGUCCUGAUUUUAUCCAAGGUACAGUACUUAAAUAUCUAUACUUGUGUCACGUCCUGACCAGCAGAGGGAGCAAUUGGAUUAGUUUUGGUCAGGAUGUGGCAGGGUUUUGUGUGUUAAGUGUUGUGUUGGUGAUUGGACUCCCAAUUGAAGGCAGGUGUGUUGAGUUGCCUUUGAUUGGGAGUCCUAUAUAGUAGUGUGUGUUUUUCUUUGGGGUUGUGGGUAGUUGUUCUUGCAUUGCGUUUUGUGUGCCUGCAAGACAGUUCCUGUCGUGAGUAUCAUUUAUUGCUUUUUCCCUGUGGAUGCUUUACUUUUGUUUAUUAAAAAACUAUGAGUAUCCACAUACCCGCUGCGCCUUGGUCCAUUCCUAACGACAAGUGUUACAACUUGUGUUUUUUUGCAUUUUCAGGUAUUUUGGGUGAACUUGCUCUAUGUCAAAAUAAACUAAAAUCUAACCUGAAGAAGAAGUGUGAGAGUGUGUUUGAGGGAAUAGCAAAACAAUGAAACCAGACACCUCUCAAUAGGAUCUAUACAGAGCUCUACAUCACAGAGGGUGGAAGUGGAGAGAUCAAUAAUGAACAUGAGGUGUGAAAGAUUGAGACAGCAUACAGGAGAUCAGCAACACAAGAGACACCAAUCAAAUGUAAUGACAUAUUUCAACCCUUACCUGGACAAGACAAAGGUAUCAGAACUGUGCUGACAAAGGGAGUCGCUGGCAUUGGGAAAACAGUCUCUGUACAGAAGUUCAUUCUAGAUUGGGCAGAAGGAAGAGAACACCAGGAUGUCGAGUUGAUAUUCUCACUGCCUUUCAGGGAGCUAAAUUUGAUGAAGUCGAAAAAACGGAGUUUGAUGGAACUUCUUCAUCACGUUUUCAUGGAAACCAAAGAAUCUGGAAUAACAGAUUAUGAAAAGUACAAAGUUCUGUUUGUUUUUGAUGGUCUGGAUGAGUACCGACUUCCUCUAGACUUCCAAAACAAUAACAACUGCUGUGAUGUCACAGAGUCAACCUCAGUGGAGGUGCUGCUGACAGACCUCAUCAAGGGGAAUCUGCUCCCAUCUGCACAACUGUGGAUAACCUCCCGACCUGCAGCUGCCAAGAACAUCCCUCCAGAGUGUGUUGACGGGGUGACAGAGGUACGAGGGUUCAAAAACACACAGAAAGAGGAGUACUUCAGGAAGAGAAUCAAUGAUCAGAACCUGGCCAGCAAAAUCAUCUCACACAUUAAGUCAUCAAGGAGCCUCUAUAUCAUGUGCCACAUACCAGUGUUCAGUUGUAUUUCAGCCACUGUUCUAGAGAGAAUACUUGGUCAAUCUCAAAGUGGAGAGAUGCCCAAGACACUGACCCAAAUGUACUCACACUUCAUGGUCUUCAACAAGCUAAUCAAAAACCUGAAAUACUCAAAAGAUGCAGAGAAAACUGAGACAUCCGAUGAAGAGAUCAUUAUGAACCUGGGGAGGCUGGCCUAUGAACAACUGGAAAAGGGCAAUCUGAUCUUCUAUGAAGAAGACCUAAGAGAGUGUGGCAUUGAUGUCACAGACGCUUCAGUGUACUCAGGAGUGUGUACACAGAUCUUCAGAGAGGAGUGUGGGUUGUACCAGAAGAAGGUGUACUGCUUUGUACAUCUGAGCAUUCAGGAGUUUCUGUCAGCGUUGUAUGUGUUUCUCACAUUCACCAAUAACAAUGUUAAUCUUAUGGACAUACAGCAAACCACCUCCAAAGAACCUCAGAUAUGUAAAGAUACACCUGCAACCAUCCUGCACAAGAGUGCAGUGGACAAGGCCUUAGAGUGACAAUGGGCACCUGGACCUGUUCCUCCGCUUCCUUCUUGGCCUCUCAAUGGAGUCCAAUCAGUCUCUCCUACGAGGCCUACUGACACAGACAGGAAGCUGCUCACAGACCAAUGAAGAAACAGUUGAGUACAUUAAAGAGAAGAUCAAGGAAAAUCCCUCUCCAGAGAGAUGCAUCAAUCUGUUCCACUGUCUAAACGAGCUAAAUGAUCAAUCUCUAGUUAAGGAGAUCCAAGCUUACCUGAGUUCAGGAAGCAUGUCCAAACAAGAACUCUCACCUGCACAGUGGUCAGCUCUGGUCUUUGUGUUGCUGACCUCAGAAGAGGAGUUAGAUGUGUUUGACCAGAGGAGAUAUUCCAGAUCAGAGGAAGGUUUCCUGAGAUUGCUGCCAGUGGUCAAAGCCUCCACAGCAGCGCUGUAAGAUUUUGCCUCUUUUGUCAAACAGAAAACUGACUGAUACCAAAACGUACUUUUAUUGGCAACGGUUUUAUUUAUGUCAGCUCAAAAAGGAAUUAUAUUCACUGAAGUAUGCUACACUUAUUAAUGAGGAAGUAACACAAAACAUACAUUUGGCUAUUUAGAAGUAACAUUUACAUUAACUACUCUUAAUGUAUACUAUUAUUAGCCUAUAGUCACUAUAACCUUGACACUAACUUUGUUGUGUUAAUCUAAAUGUUUUCUGAUCUUGUAUAAGUUGCCACAGUAAAACAUACAGAAGAGCAAUACUUCUUAUGUUUUACAUGUAUUAUAUUUUAGGCUAAAUCUGUGCAACCUGACAGAGAUGUUGUGAUGCAUUGGCUUCAGCUCUCAGCUCGAACUCCUCACACCUGAGAGAGUUGGACCUGAGUAGCAAUGACCUGCAGGAUUCAGGAGUGAAGCUGCUCUCUGCUGGACUGGGGAGUCCACACUGUAAACUGGAGACACUAAGGUUGUCAUUCUGUGGAGUCACAGUGGAAGGUUGUGCUUCACUGGCAUCAGCUCUGAGGUCAAACCCUUCACACCUGGUAGAGCUGGACCUCAGCUACAAUCACCCAGGAGACUUAGGUGUGGAAUCGUUGUCUGCUGAACUGAAGGAUACACACUGCAAACUGGAAAAACUCCGUGUGGACAAUGAUGCAGAGUACUGGCUAAAAUCUGUCCUGAAGAAAUGUAAGUCAGUCACUUUUAAGAAUAGACCACAUUUUUUAUAUGAAGGGCCCUAUACAGUUUGAAGAUUGUUCAGCUUGAUGACAUUGAUAUAUUGCUUUUUGGCAAAAUGAUUUCUAUACAAGGCUCUGGAUACAUCAAAUCCUUUCUAACAACCAGUGGAUAAUUAAGUGACAAUGCCAGAUAAGCUGUAGUUUAUAGAAUAUAUUGCCACAGGUGUUGCAAACCAUACCAAUAUAUCCUAUAAACCAUGGCUUUGAGGGCAUUAUAAUUUGUAUACAAUGGUUACCAACACAUUAAAAUAAUGAUUUAGUUAUUUUUGUGAAAAACAUUAUUUUGAUAAAUGUAUUCAUACUGUUUCAUCCUUCCAGGAGGAUAUAGUCCCGACACAUCUGGUCAUCCAUCCUGUUUCUGAGGUUGCUAGCCAAGCCCCACACGUUCCCCUCUUUCUCAAUAUUAGAGACCAUUAAUUCAAUAUUUGAGUAAUAUAAAAUGCAUGUGGAUAAGGUUAAUUUCCCAUCCAUUGUGGACUACCCUGUCAAGCAGCAGAAGGGAGAUUUUGCUUAUCUAGUUAGCCAGAAAAGGUCAGCAAGCUAGCUAGAAACUUUGUAAAGUUGCAUACACAAACAUAGAUUGUGAACUUCGUUUCUAGCUAACAUUAUCCCCCUAUUCAAGGUGGUUUUAACCAAUCACUAUCCAGGAUUAGACCCACCCGUUCUAUAACCACUGCCUAGAGAUAAAGGUUAAAUUAAAUUAAAGGUCCAAUGCAGCUUUUUUUUUCUUCUCAAUAUCAAAUCAUUUUGGGGUAACACCUAAGACCUUACUGUGAUUGUUUUCAAUUAAAAUGGUCAACAAGAAACAUAAAUAGCUUCUUAGCAAAGAACAAUUUCUCAAGCAAGAAUUUUGCUAGGACUGUCUGGGAGUGGUCUGUGUGGGGAGGGGAAAACUGAAAACUAUUUGUUAUUGGCAGAGAGGUUUGGAACUCUCUUAUUGGUCUAUUAACUGAUGUCACCAGGCAUGCCAAACUCCAUCCCACUGAAAGAGACUGGAAUUUCAGGUGGUGUUUUCAAACAGCUUUUACACUAAAUGGCAUUAUCAUCACUUUCACAAUUUCACAAUAUUAUUCCAACCUCAUAGUGUGGAAAUAUACACUGAGUGUACAAAACAUUAGAAACACCUGGUCUUUCCAUGGCAUAGACUGACCAGGUGAAUCCAGAUGAAAGCUAUGAUCCCUUGAUGUCCCUUGUUAAAUCCACUUGGUGUCCCUAAUGUUUUGUACACUCAGUAUAUAUAAAACACAGGACAAUCGCGUGUUUGACUGCACUGGGCCUUUAAUUGAGACUUUAAUUGAGUUUAAAGUGAAAGAAAACAGAAUGAAAACUACAUCUGGAUUUUUUUAAACCUUCCGUUUUCGACUCGACGUGUCAAUGUAUGGCUCAUAAAUGAAUAAUACACAAUCUAUAGGCAUAAUAUUUUCCUGGCAGAGAAAGCAAUCCUUAAAUUCUAUGCAUGAAAUAUUUUGUUUGUUAGCUAUGGGACACAAUUUUGGGAGUCUGUGUAUUGCGAUAUUGUGCUGUAUUGGGAUGUAUCCCUUAGUUGUGGAUUAUUCUGGUGGGUGGCAACGGAAAAUAACCCGAACCAUAUGUGUCCGGCAUCACCAAAUACAUUUUUCCCAUCAACAAAGGCAUAUCUGUAAUCUCUAGGAACACCAUUUACCAGUCGUAAGGUUACAUUUGUCCCUCGCUACCAGAUAAACAUCUGAAUCUAGUUUUUGUCCGAACCGCACUUUAGUCCUGCUGUGUAGACUAGAUUACGUGGUAGAAAGUCUGUCGUAAAAUGUGCAUGGUCUAAUGGGAGCGCACUGUCUAAUUUAGCAGGCAUUAGUGGUGAGAAGUUCGAGUCUUUUCAUUGAAACAGAUCUUUUUAACUCGUUCAGUUAAAAUAACGAAUCUUUCGAUUUAUUUAAUUCAGUAAUGCCCAGAGCGCGCAGGACCCCCUGCCCGCGAACGAUUAAUAAAACCUCGAAAGAGUGAUGAUACUGCAAGCCUCUUGUUCACCGUAGGUGAUUUAUUGGAGCUGUAAUUUGUGAAUGAGACUAACAAAAGUGUGCUUCAGACAAUGUACAUUUGUGAUUACUAAGCCUACAAAUAAGAGUAUUUCUUGAUACCUUUGAAACGAAGUCUAUUUGCGGCCGCAAUAGGACUAGAUUGUGAACGACCCUUGGCGGAAUGACUUGGCUGCUGCCAUGGAGAGAAGCGCAUAUCGUUUGCGAACUGUAGCAGCCCAACCAAACAAUUUGUUCUCGAGUUCGAGUUUGUUGAGCAGAGGCGGGCUGUGUAGGCUAUGUUUUGAUUUUACAAAGCUGUGUCCAUCGAUAACGUUCAAUAAUCUAUUAAUUAUACUGAACAAAAAUAUAAACUUAACAUGUAAAUUGUUGGAUCCAUGAGCUGAAAUGAAAGAUCCCAGAAAUGUUUCAUAUGCACAAAAAGCUUAUUUCUCUCAAAUGUUAUGCACAAAUUUGCUAUCAUCCCUGUUAGUGAGCAUUUCUCCUUUGUCAUGAUAAUCCAUCCACCUGACAGGUGUGGCAUAUCACGAAGCUGAUUAAACAGCAUGAUCAUUACACAGGUGCACCUUGUCCUGGGGACAAUAAAAGGCCACUCUAAAAUGUGCAGUUUUGUCACACAACACAAUGCCACAGAUGUCUCAAGUUUUGAGCCGCCUCCAACGUUUUGAGCUGCCUCCAUAAGGGCCUCCAACGUCGUUUUAGAGAAUUUGGCAGUACGUCCAACCGGCCUCACAACCGCAGACCACGUGUAACUACGCCAGCCCAGGACUUCCACAUCCAUCGUCUUCACCUGCGGGAUCGUCUGAGACCAACCACCCGGACAGCUGAUGAAACUGUGGGUUUAAAACAACCAAAGAAUUUCUGCUGUCAGAAACCAUCUCAGGAAGCUCAUCUGCGUGCUCGUCGUCCUCAUCAGGGUCUUGACCUGACUGCAGUUCAGCGUAACUGACUUCAAUGGGAGAAUUCUCACCUUCGAUGUCCACUGCCAUACUGGAGAAGUCUGCUCUUCACAGAUGAAUCCCGGUUACAACUGGACUGUAUGGACUGUAUGGCGUUGUGUGGGCAAGUGGUUUGCUGAUGACAACUUUGUGAACAGAGUUCCCCAUGGUGGCGGUUGGGUUAUGGUAAGGGCAGGCAUUAGCUAGUGGGCGGCAGGUAGCCUAAUGGGUGGCAGGUAGCCUAGUGGUUAGAGUAGUGGGCCAGUAACUGGAAGGUUGCUGGAUCAAAUCCCUGAGCUGACAAGGUCAAAUCUGUCAUUCUGCCUCUGAACAAGGCAGUUAACCCACUGUUCCCUGAAAGGCUGUUAUUGUAAAUACGAUUUUGUUCUUAACUGACUUUCUUAGUUAAAUAAAUAAAAGCUACAGACAACAAACCCAAUUACGUUCUAUCAAUGGGAAUUUGAAUGCACAGAGAUCCUGAGGCCCAUUGUCGUGCCAUUCAUCCGCCACAAUCACCUCAUAUUGCAGCAUGAUAAUACACGGCCCCAUGUCGCAAGGGUCUGUACACAAUUCCAGGAAGCUGAA